GGUGUUGGAGAGCGCAUCAGUUACACAGCAUGGUGUAGGUGGACGACAGCAAACGGAUAAAAAAACAAAUCUAUAUUGGGAGAGCCCCAGCUGUCAGCGGCAGAAACCUGAACAGGUGGCCUCUUCAGUGUUUUAGCAGUACGUGUCAAGGCGCAGAGACCCUCAACAGCUUGCCUCUCUCGCUAAUCUCUUCUCUGACGACAGCGCAUUUACGCCGUGCGCGUAAAACCAGGAGUACGGCGGGUUUCAGGUCGGUGGAGCUGAUCAGUCAUCGGGAUUUUACUCAUCAGUGUAGAUUCGGUCCUCUUCACGAAGUUGUAGUCGUGGGAAGCGUGUCUUGGUUUUGAGGCUGGACUGACAGAGUUGGAUACAAUGACUCUUUCUUGGAUUGUAUAAUCUUUCCUCUGUGUUUGGAUUUGUCAAGCAGCUGUAAAGACUGACACUGACAACCCAGCAUGUUGCCAGAAAUAAAUAACAAGACAUCACGACCGGAGGCCUUCCCUCACCCUCACAGACUCCCAGCAGAAGGCAACCGUCUUGGAACAACCCGACCCUGCUCACAGAAGUUUGGCCCUGGUGUAGGGACCUUGCCUCAGCUUGAGCCACCGGUGGUCCAGGUGGUGGUCAGCAAUGCCAAAAACCAACACCAGCAGUCGGACAACAUCCUGCCCCAAAUUGCCAACAAAGGGGGCCAAAACAACUAUCAGACACACCCGGAUGAGAGGCCGAAGCCCACCCAGCAGUUCGCCAUGCGGUUUGGUGCAGCAAUGGAUAAAGUGUCAGUCUCCCGCAACAGCAAGAUUAUCAGCAACAAGCUGGACAAAGAGAGGUCAUAUGAGGGACAAAGGUUACCCAUGUCCCCCAUAGAGGCACUGAAGAACUUCCAGGAGCGGCUGACGGAGUUUGAGCAGGAAGAAAUCAUGGACUACGCAGAGAUCUGGUUCUUGGGUCUGGGCUCUCAGAAGCUAGAGGGCUCCCAAGGUGCACCGCAGAACUCUGGAUAUGAUGACGAGCAUGGAAGCUACAUCAGGGUGCUGCACGACCACAUUGGCUACAGGUUUGAAGUGCUUGAAGUGAUUGGGAAAGGCUCCUUUGGGCAGGUCCUGAAAUGUCUGGACCACAAGACCAAUGAACUCGUAGCCAUUAAGAUGAUUCGCAAUAAGAAAAGGUUUCAUCACCAAGCUCUGGUUGAGUUGAAGAUCCUGGAUGUAAUAAAGAGGAAAGACAAAGACAACCUCCACAACGUUAUCCACAUGAAGGAGUACUUUUACUUCCGAAAUCACCUGUGCAUCUCCUUUGAGCUACUCGGGGUGAACUUGUACGAGCUCAUCAAAAAAAACAACUUCCAGGGCUUCAGUCUCGCUCUCAUCCGUCGGUUUACCCAUGCUCUCCUCAGGUGCCUGCAGAUGCUGCACAGGGAGAAGAUUAUCCACUGUGACCUCAAACCGGAGAACAUCCUUCUGUCUCAGCGAGGUCCAGGGAACAUCAAGGUGGUUGACUUUGGAUCAAGCUGUUAUGAACAACAAAGGGUGUACACCUACAUUCAGAGUCGCUUCUACCGCUCUCCAGAGGUCAUCCUAGGUCACCCCUACAGCAUGGCCAUUGACAUGUGGAGUCUGGGUUGCAUCCUUGGUGAACUCUACACAGGCUAUCCUCUCUUCCCUGGAGAGAGCGAAGUGGAGCAGAUAGCUUGCAUAAUGGAGGUUCUUGGAAUGCCUCCAAAUGAUUUUGUUCAGUCAGCAUCCAGGAAGAGGUUGUUCUUUGACUCAAAAGGAAACCCAAGGAACAUCACUAACAGCAAGGGGAAGAAGAGGAGACCCAACUCCAAGGAGCUGUCAACUGCGUUGAAAACCAAUGAUGCUUUGUUCUUAGACUUUAUCAAACGCUGCCUCACUUGGGAUCCAACCAAGCGUAUGACCCCUGAUGAGGGGUUACAGCAUGAAUGGAUCCUGGAGGGAAAUUUCAACAAAAUCCGGCCUAGAGCCAGGCCAACAGCAAAGAAGACCUCCGACAGUUUGACCAGCACAGAGAAUAGCAGUGAGCACAGUUUCCGCAAACAAGCUAACGGCAAGCCUGUGGAGAAGGCCGGCUCACAGAGCAGCACUACUGACAAGCUGAAGAGAGACGGUUCAGCAACAGGAACUAAGAUGGCCCCUGCCGAGCGUUUGCGGCCCAUCGGGGCCUCAGCAGAGGAGGAGGUGUAUGAGAAUGAGGGCAAGCUCUCCAAGGAUACCAAGCAGCAAGAAGGAGGUGGAGAGAGGCCUGUUCACAUCAUCAUCAAGCCUCAAGAGGAAGUGGGCACAGAGAAAAAAGAAAGCCAGGAACCGUCUCAGUGUUUGCCCCCUAUCAUCUAACAGUCAAAAGGAAUCGUGCUGCGUUCAUGACAUGUGGGAACUGGGGAUGUCCCACUUCCCACCUGAGAGUAACCAAGUUUUUGAAGUGUAAGCAAAUGGAUGGUUGAAUCUGUAAGGCAUUGCACACACAGAAAAUUAAAAGAUCCCUUUUCUCUUAUUUGCGACAAACGCUGUCAUGUUGCUUGUGUGUCUACAUGACAUCACAAAACAACAUGUUAGAGCACAUCAAGUCUGAGUUUUGGAUUUUAAGUCUUAAAACAGAUCAAGUGGAUGUUUCCUGCUGACAGGAAACAAACCAGUUCCCAUGUGCCAUGAACAAAUUAUUGAUGACACACUGAUCAUCAGCAUCUUCUAUUUAUUGUUUUAAGUAUACGGUUAUAGAGUAUUAUUUCUUUCUGUGGAACUUUGAGUUUGUAUAACAGUGAGGUCAAUCAACCAGUUGUACUUUUUUAUAUAAAGGAGUUAAGAUGCAGUUACAGACAGGCAUUAUGUUUAAAUGUGUCACAAUUGAGAAAUCAAGUUGUCUGCCACAUAAGAAUGCACAUCUUGAAUUUAGAUCAAAUGGUUAAAAACCUAAUACAUAGUGCAGCACUAACUUUCUGCUGUCACUGUUUAUUGAACCCAAUCUUUGCUGUGCAUUGACAUUUUUGAUAAACAGGUUAGACUUUCAACAAUUUUUACUUUUCUCACUUUCCAUGUUAAAAGUAUCUGAGUUUAAAAAGUGCGUGGGUAAAAAAUUUAUCAAAUCUUUGUUUUUGCUUUUUAUUUGUUUUUCUUUUAGACAUUUUAGCAUUACUUUCAUAAUGGUGAAAUAUUUGUGUGCAAUAAAGGCUGAGCCAAAAAUGUUUUUUUUUAUCAUGUUAACAAAGAAAUAAAAUUAUUGUUGUGUACUUUUUAAUUGUAGAAUGCAGUUGAUGACAUAUUGAUUACUAAUGAUUUCACUUGUUUAUUAUGGAAUAUGUUCGAUCCUAUGUUUCAUAUCUGUUCAACAAUUUAAUUCAGCAAUCAUAAAAUAUGUAUUUGUAAUAGAAUUUAUUGUAUAUAUUUCUGCUGUAAUUUCCUAUGUAUGUGUACAGAACAUAUUUUAAGAAAAUAUUUCAGAUAUUUGUGGAGGGUUUAGACAAGGUUUUACUUGUGUUGUUUCUGUAUGAAAACAUUUUGUAAGUGUUAUAAUAUUUUUUUAUAUUAGAAACAUAAAGACAAUCCUAUUAUUGAUAGUUUGUGCCUUGCAGUAUUAGAAAUCUUGCACUUUACUGUUGUGUGUGUACACCUGGAUAAAAAAACAUUACAUUCUUACCUGUCAAAGAGACAAGGGUACGGACUACCCUGCCAGAUCCCUCUUAUUUGACAUAAUGAUGUCUCAGCUAAUACAGAACAUAACCAAGUUUUAACAGUUGAUUCGUCUUUAGUCGCCAACAGAGAUCCAGUGUAAUUUGAAGAUAGACCUGUGCCCUCUUUAUCUAUUAGCUAAGCAACCAGCGAUCCAGAGAGGAUGGAUUGUAGCUGAAAUAAGAAAAGUACGUUUUUAUGUCUUAUAUGAUGAAAUAAAAAGUUGUUUCAAAGACCAUA